AUGUCCGUCGAAAUGUUGCAACGAGAGUUGGAUCAGCUUGCCAAACACAUUGCUCAGAAGGAUUUGGAACUACGCAAUUUAAAAACUCAGUAUAAUGCCCGAUUGAAAAUCGUUAACGACUGCAUCAAUAAUCUACCACAAGAGUUCAUACAGUCAGAUUCAAGCAUAUCAGAUGAGGAACUUGCAAACAUACUUGUGCAACCCAUAAAAUGUCCCAAUUGCCAAGAAACAGUACAUAGAAACGAUAACGAUAAAAGUGAUUAUAUAUUACUACCUAAACGACUAGUGCAAAUUGAAAAGAGGCCAACCACAACAUUUUCAUCUGAAUCAAUCCCCAAUCAAGCUUCUCUGAGACAAUUUGGCUUGCAUAAUCAAAAUCAAAAUCAAAAUCAAAAUCAAAACGCAAGCGCAGACAAAUUGAAAAACGCCUCGAAUUUUAAUUCAAAUUCAAAUUCCAAUUCCAAUUCCAAUUCCAAUUCCAAUUCCAAUUCCAAUUCCAAAAGCAAAAGCAAAAGCAAAAAUAAAGUUACUUGCUCAUUUUGUAAGAUGACUGGACACACUAGGGCGAAUUGCGAAGCACGACUAAUGACCCCCAAAAAAUAG